GGUAGGGUUCAUGUAAAUCUAAAAAGACGCUAGCCCGGACUAUGCGGUUUUAUUAAACAGUUAUAUAUAUCCAGGAAAAAUAUAGUAAUAAUAACCUCAGAGAUUCAUAUUUUCUACAGCUGACUAAACGGAAGUUGGGUUUGUAACAUUGGAGUGGUAUCUCAAGUGAAGAUUGAAGACGUGAUAGAAGAUGAACCACUGCUAUGCUAAGAUGGCGACGUCCACUCAAAGAGAAGGUGGAAGAGAAUCAGCGCCACCAACUCCCAUCAAAUCAUCAACGGAGAAAAAGCCCCAAACUGCAGAUAACGAUGUCCAACAGCUGAUUGGUCCUCAAGAAGAACGUGCCACUCAGCUGCAGGGAGGGAACUCCACUUUGAAGCAGGAAGAGCCACAGCUCCCCCACGUUAAAAAGGAAGAGGAGGAACUCUGGACUACACAGGAGGGAGAGUGUCUUCUAGGGUUCGGGGAGGAUGAUCUGACCAAGUUGCCACUGACUGGUGUCUCUGUGAAGACUGAAGACAAACCACUUGAGUCCUUACGUUGGUUGUGUCCUUCAAACAGCGGGAGCUCCACUUUGAAGCAGGAGGAUCCCCAGCCCCUCCACGUUAAAAAGGAAGAGGAGGAACUCUUGACCACCCAGGAGGGAGAACAUCUUCUCCAGCCAGAGAAGGCUGAUCUCACCAAGUUGCCACUGACUGUUGUCUCUGUGAAGACUGAAGACCAUGAAGACAAACCACCUGAGUCUUUAUGUUGGUUGUGUCCUUUAGACAUCCAGCAGCUGAUUGGUCUUCAAGAAGAACAUCCCCCUCAGUUGCAGGGGUGGAGGUCCACUUUGAAAAAGGAAGAUCCACAGCCCUGCCAUGUUAACAAGGAAGAGGAGGAACUCUGGACCGCUCAGGAGGGAGAACAUCUUCUCCGGCCAGAGGAGGCUGAUCUCAACAAGUUCCCAUUAAUUGGUGUGUCUGUGAAGACUGAAGACCAUGAAGACAAACCACCUCAGUCCUCACAGCUUCAUCACAGUCCGAGUGAGGAGAACAAAGGGGCGCAGCCUCCAAGCAGCAGCUCACCACAACACAUGACAACAGAAGCUGAUGGAGACCACUGUGGAGGAUCACAAUCAGACAAUUUCUUAGCUCCACUAUCAGAUAGUGACGACACAACAUCACACUCUCCUGAGGUUGAAGACUGGGACGACAUGCAAGGGUCUUUGAGCAGCGAUACAGACUGUGAAGGUGAUAUGAGGAGUCACACUGACAACAAACACUCUAAAUGUUCUAAAAGGAAGACGGGUAAAAAAUGUGUCACCUGCUCAGUUUGUGCCAAAAGCUUUCCUGGAAAGUGGAAUUUGAGUCGACAUAUGCUGGCACACACAGGGGAAAAACCCUUUAGUUGCUCAGUUUGUGUGAAAAGAUUUUAUUUGAAGUCUAAUUUGACUCGACACAUACUAACGCACACAAGAGAAAAACCUUUUUGUUCUGUUUGUGGUCAAAGAUUCUUUCGAAAGACACAAAUAGUACCACACAUGAGAACGCACACAGGAGAAAAACCCUGUAGUUGCUCAGUUUGUGCUAAAUGCUUUUCAUCUCAGAGUGAUCUUACUAGACACAUGCUGACACACACAGGAGAAAAACAUUUUAGUUGCUCAGUUUGUGGUAAAAGAUUUUCAUUGAAGGGUGGUCUGACUCGACACAUACGGACGCACACAGGAGAAAAACCUUUUAGUUGCUCAAUUUGUGGUAAAAGCUAUCUAUCUAAGAGUGAUCUGAUUGGACACAUUCGGACGCACACAGGAGAAAAACCUUUCAGUUGCUCAGUUUGCAGUAAAAGCUUUUCUUUGAAGUGUCAUUUGACACAACACACAUUGAGACACACAGGAGAAAAACCUUUUGGUUGUUCUGUUUGUGGUCAAAGGUUCUGUCAAAAGUCACACAAGGUAUUACACAUGAGAAAGCACACAGGAGAAAAACCUUUUGGUUGCUCAGUUUGCGUUAAAAGAUACUCUUUAAAGGGUGGUUUGAUUCGACACAUGCUGACACACGGGGAACAAAAAUCCUUUGUUUGCUCAGUUUGCACUAAGAGCUUUUUAUAUAAGAGUGAUCUGACUCGACAUAUGCAGACGCACACGGAAAAAACCUUUGGUUGCUCAGUUUGCCCUAAAAGCUUCUUAUGUAAGGGUGAUUUGACUCAACACAUGCUGACGCAUACAGGAGAAACACCUUUUGAUUGCUCAGUCUGUGAGAAAAGCUUUUCUUCGAAGGGGCCUUUGAAUCGGCACAUGCUGACACACACAGGAGAAAAAAACUUCGGUUGUUCUAAUUGUGGUCAAAGAUUCUUUCAAAAGUCACAAUUGGUGGUACACAUGAGAAAGCACACAGGAGAAAAACCUUUUCGUUGCCCAGUUUGCGCUAAAAGCUUUUCAUAUAAGAAUAAUUUGUCGAGACACAUGGUGACGCACAUGGCAGAAAAACCCUUUGGUUGUUCAGUUUGUGAUAAAAGAUUUUCUCGGAAGUGUCAAUUGACUCGACACAUGCUGACACAUCGGAGAAAAACCCUUUAGUUGAAACAAAGGACUAUCAACGUCACGGUUCCGAUCUUCACAAUAAAAGUGGCUUUAAACUCUUGUCUGACUGUACUGUACAAAAGUCUCAAUCAAGCAGCUUCCAACAAUAUCAAAUUAAAAGCACAAAAUGAAUACCGACUCACCACUUGUACAAGCCUGGAGUUUGUUUUCCAGAGAGAAGAUUUUCCCAUCAUUUUUGGAUGUGUGGGUAACAGUGUGCUAGCAUGAAUUAACCUGACGUGGAAUAAAUAUGAAAGUGAGCACUCAAUACACACAUCAUAACGUCAGCAAAGCUCACCUUUAGGCAUUCACACCCAGCACCAGCAUUUGGAAACAACGAUAAGGAAGAACAGAAUAACACGAACAAUAUAAAAGUCUGAUUUGUGGCAGCAUCGGAAAAAUGUCCACUUUGUCUCGGAGCAUACAACUAUGGUGCCUUCAAGGACCCCUGGUGGGAAUAGUCAUUGCGGGAAACAAUGAAACAAAACUAUAUAAACUUGUAAAAAAAUGUCUUUUUAACAGUGUGUUAUUUUUCAAAAAAACCUUUUUGUGCGAUGGUUAGCGUCUUUCUCUGCCUUUUGGGUGCAGACCGUUUCGUAGACAUUGUAGGUUUUGUCCGGGAGAAAACUUGAAAGCCUACAGAGUUCAGAGUCACACUGCUAGCUGUUUGCUCGCGAUCGAACACAACAGGAGACACGGCAUGGAGGAAAUUGAUUGACAAUAGUCAACAAUCCCUGGGCCAAUCAUGACGCAGAACACUGCAUGUUCAUACGCUGUAAAAAAAAUAAUAAAGUCUGCAAAAUUGCAGAAAAAAUAUCAGCGAAAUAAUGGGGCUGCGAACGGAGAACCAGGAUGUACCAAGGGACGACUAAUUGGGGUCCUGCACGCAUGCAUGCAAACACACACCCACACACACGUUAUUAUACAGGUAGCAGUUAAAGGGGCGCAGUAUUUUUGCCAAGUUUACUGAAUGUAAAUAAAUUGAUGUUAAGAUGAAAGACCCCACAGCAACAUCUAAACAACUGCAUGCAGUGACUUGCCUCAGUUAAGGUCAGUGCUCAUGACUCCACCGUAAGAAAAACACUGGGCAAAAACGGCCUGCAUGGCAGAGUUCCAAGACCAAAACCACUGCUGAACAAAACAAACAUUAAGGCUCGUCUCAAUUUUGCUAGAAAACAUCUUGAUGAUCCCCAAGACAUUUGUGGUCUGACAAGACGAAAGUGGAACUUUUUGGAAGGUGUGUGUCCCAUUACAUCUGGUGUAAAAGUAACGCCACAUUUCAGACAGAAAAUCGUACCAACAGUAAAGUAUGGUGGUGGUAGUGUGAUGUCUGGGGCUGUUUUGCUGCUUUUU